CCUACAACACCGGUACAUGGCGUAAGUAAAAUAGGAAUAUCUAUUCAACACGUGUACAGCUUUCAAUACCGUUCCUGCCAGUCUACAGCGAAUAUGAACGUCAUAACCGCAGCCAAAGUGAAAUCGAAGACGUAAUCUUGGGAGGUAUCGCAGCUGGAGUUAGUUACCCGUAAUUGGAACUGAGAUGGGACCUGUAUAAAAUCUACGGUAGAUCGACUGACUAGAAAACAGACUUUUUGGAUGUUAGUGACGCCAUGUUUCAGAGACCAACAAUCAAAGUGUUUGUAGUACUUGUAAUCAUCGUGAUUGUCCUCAUGAUGAUACAGUAUUUGACUGUCGGAAAUGAACACCUCUUCACUAACAUCAGACAGCUAGCGACUAACGACAACCCCGGGCACAAUGCUUCAGCGAUCUCGCGAAGAAAACAUAUUCCCGAAAGAAGAACUAGCACUGCAAAUACUUUUGUUUCGUCUGUGAAAACCAAAAAAAUACAUUUUCAACACACGAAUGUCAUCAAGACAGCAUUAAAAACGCCAAUGGCGGCAAUUUCCAGAAACAUCCUGGAUCGUUAUUCCGAAUAUCGUCAGAUACAGCAAGUUGCUGAUUUCGGAGAACUUUAUGAUCCUCGGUUUUGUGUGGUUGAGCUAGAGGUGGACAGGAAAACAAAGACAUUCACAGCAGGUACAGAACUCAGAGUGAGAGUACACCUCUAUAAUGGUUACAACCAGUCUCUGACUCAGGGAGGCGACUUGCUCAACAUCUGGCUGAGAAAUACGGACGGAAGUUCUUCUGUGGCUGGUUAUGUAGUUGAUCAUAUGAACGGGACCUAUACAGGUCACGUGAUGGCGUUUUGGGCGGGAAAUUUAUGUGUGAAAGUGUCCGUCACCAACACAAAGGAGGGGAUCGGUUUAUAUACAAAUUACGUGAAUGUUCAUGGUUCUUAUAAGUUUAUAAAUGCCACAUUCUCGGAGAAGAAGAAAAGUGAAAUGACACAAUGUGCACCAACAAUGUCUGAUUGGUUGAAGAAAACAUACGGAGGAUUCUGUGAUUUAACACACGAGAAUUAUAACAUCUCUUUAUUCUGUGGGAAGCCAAAAUCUGUUUCAUGUAGGAACUGGGUAAAGUACGGCUGGGACGAUUCUCUGUAUUACGACGACUACACAAGGGAUAUACUCAGUUAUAAAGAUAAGGUGUUGAAGCAGAUCAAACUGACAGUUGUUCCAAGUUCCAAUGGCGAUUUAGACUACCCUCUGCCUUAUACCCCAUGCAAUGCAUUGCCUCGGGCUUUAACAUGGAAUAGUACUGUACCGUCAGGCUUCCUCUGCAGGGGAGUGUAUCACAACCUAAUAUGCCGCCCUACUAUAGACCUAAAUGAAGACAAAUAUCGGACGUGUCUUAGAGAUAGACCUAUUAUUUUGAUUGGUGAUUCUACAACCAGACAGUGGUUCUCCCGUCUUGCAACCUACUUAGAAAUGAAUUACAGUGAAGGUUUUGUAAAUAAAGCCUCGUGGCAAAAGUUCGCCCAUGCGCAUGCCACUACAUUUGGAUUAGACAUGGAAUGGCAACCGCACGAGCUUCCCUUCCACGGAACACCGGGGUCAGACAGGAAAACCGUUAAAUCUGUUGCCUAUAGGCUAGACAGAAUCCCGGGUAACAGUACUGCCAUUGUAAUCAUUCACUGGUACGCCCACAUCGCCAGGUGCUGUGAUCACUUAGCUCUACGAGAGCACGUGCGCCAUGCCAAGGCAGCCAUUGUUAGGCUUCUGACGAGGUCCCCGGAUGUUCAAAUUUUCAUUAAAGGUCCUCACCUUGUCACAUUUGUCAAUGCUAACAAGCCAUAUGCCUAUAUUAGAAUGUUCGUGGAACAGGUUUUACUGGAAGAGUUGAAAGAUUUAAUACACAAAAUUAUCUACCUUGAUCAGUGGGACAUGUCAGUGGCAACCGAAAACGUCAAUAUUCAUCCCGAUCCAAUACUGGACGACAUAUCACUGAACAAUCUUAUUAAUUUUGCAUGUAAAGAACAUUAGGGCCAGUUUUUUGGAUAGGAUUCCAUGGUUACCAUUGAAAUGUGUCCGGUAGGUGGUUUCGGGAGCCUUGCAUUUCUAAGCGUGCAAGAUGCUUAACAUUUACAGAAGAAAAAAAAUAGUUGUAUAUGUUGUACUGGUAUUCGAUCAAAGUAAGUUGUUUUGGGAUUGACUAUUUUUGUUUAAAUAUUUAUAUAAAUAUUGUGAUGAAUGUUAAUGUUUUCAUUUUUGCUAUAAUAAAGAUAAAGAAACCAUACAUGGUAUCAUCAGCCCUGGAUUGUUUUUUGCAAAUAAAAUUAA